AUUUCCAUAGAGAGGAGGCUUUGCAUCAUCAGCUGAUCCUCCAGAGAACUGAGAAGGUUUAUAGUCCUGUGAGUUCAACACUGCAGGACUCAGAUCUGUCAGUCAACACAGCAGAAAGCACAACCACCAUGACUCUCAUCACCAUCCUCAUCUGGACGCUGGCCUGCUGCUGUUUUACAGGAUGCAGCGGUCAGGUGACUGUGACACAGCCUCCAGUAGUGACAAUUAGUCCAGGAUCCACUGUUACUCUCAAAUGUAGGACCAUGGACCUCUGGCUGAAGAUGCUGCAGUGUAUUACUAGGACAAACGUCCACAUUUCUUGUGAGACUGUCACUGUCGUCUCAACUAAGCAAAGUUUUUCUGUUUCACUAAAACAGGUGUGUGUUUGCCGUGGUGAAAGUGUUUUGCAUGAUUUUAUGCUUCUCUGCUCCUCACAGUUUAAGUUCCUCUGUCACAGAGAGUGUGAACCGUUUUCAUGCUCACACACUGAAACCUGCAUCAGGAUGAUGUUUCCAAUAACUUUGACUGUUAUGUUGGGUUUUCUGUGUCAGAAGUCGUCUGCCGACAAUUUUCUGACUCAGGCUGAUAAAUCCAAGUCUGUCAGUGUUGGAGGGACUGUGACCAUCAGCGCCACAGGGAGUUCAAACAUUGGUGCCACUCUCAGUUGGUACCUUCAGAAACCUGGACAGCCUCCUAAACUUCUUAUAUAUGUGUCUUCAACCUUGUUGUCAGGAACUCCGUCUAGAUUCAGAGGCAGUAGAUCUGGUUCUCAGUACACUUUAACCAUCAGUGGUGUCCAGGCUGAAGAUGCUGGAGAUUAUUACUGUCUGGGCUAUCAUGGUAGUGGAGUGUUCACACAGUGAUUUAGAGCCGUACAAAAACCUCCUUGAGCCUGACUGAAGGCUGCAGGUGCAGAGUGAUGAUGAAGACACUGUGAUGAAGAUAACUGGUCCAGUGAACACAACACAACAGUCAUCAAGCAGAAACACAGUCAAACUAAAUAAAAGUGAAAAAUCUUCCAUGUUAUGACAUGUAGCUUUUACUUAAAUACUCAUGUUUGAAUCCUGUAUUUUGAAGAUCAGGACUGUUAUGAGUCUCAUUACAGAAACAAAUGUUCAACAGUAUCUCCAUGGUUUUGUGUUUACCCGAAUUUUACAGCCAAACAGGAAAAAUCAAUUUUCUUAACACAAUAAAUACAUUAUUAUAGCGUUUUCAAGCUUAUAUUUUAUUUAGAUUUUAGGAAAGUGUUUGUAGAAAGCAGAUGACUAAAAACCAAAGAAACAUGUUCUGUUCACAUG